AUGUCUAAUGGUUUGUUUGUUACCGAUGAGGACGGUGAUACUGAGAUGAAUGGGAACGGUAAACUCGAUAAGAAGCUCCAAUCAUCAGAGAUUCUUAAAGAAGACGAUCCAGUAGUGAAUGAAAUACCCAUUAAUUUAACGGUUGGACCUUGUCCAUUGCAUGUGUUACAGUUUCCUAACAAACCUAAAAGACUGGCGAAGAAUAUGGAUGAACAUCCUCCAAUUGCUGGUGUACGCUAUAAGGAUGAAUCAAGCGUUUGGGAGAUAGAUAUCCCAUUGAAUACACAGGUCUUCUUCGACAAAGAAAAAGCUGCUGAGUCUUGGAACAAUGUCGACGUUCAAACUUUGAAAGGUGUGGCUGUAAGCAACGACAUGUUGCAAUACGCAGGCGUUAUGAAACAAGGACAGCUAUAUUUAAUACCAGUAGAGAAAGUUGCCCAAAUGAGACCAUACUUCCGUUACAUCGAUUCGCAUCAACAGGUUAAGAAGGACGAGGAUGCCAAGGCGAAACCUGCGAAUCCAACUGCCAAGAAAAACCAGGUAAUAACAAUGUCAGUGAAGAGUAGCAGCGAAGCGAAUCAAAAUAGACUAGGAGGUGCAUUGCUAGCUCAUAAGGUAGCAGACGAAGAGGAAUUCAAACCUUUGGAAUGGAAGGACGAUACUUUCGAAUCGUUUGUAGAAGAAGUUACAAGUGAAAAAAGUACUGUACCAUUAAAACCAAUGGACAACGACGCUGUGUAUCUAUCAAAACUAUUUUAA